CCUGAUGGAAACAUUUUGCGCUAUUGUUGUUCUAUGUCUUACAUCCGUAGCUAUUGCAGAUUUGGACAUAUCUAAACGGAGACCUCUUUCAGUGGAAUGGCCGAGCGGAACAUACACUUUGGUUAAACCUAAAUCUGGCUGUCCGCCUGGAUGGGGAGAGGGCUGGACCUACCAAGACAACGAGGAUAGUGAUAAUAGGAACAGUUUUUCCUAUGUUCCUCAUUUUGACGGAAGUUUUGGGAGAGACAUGAAGUUUUCCUACUGUACAAAGAUUGCAAAUGUUGGGGAUAAAGGAGGCAGGUGGCCAGCGGGGAAUUACUGUAUCCUGAAACACGGAGAAUCCUGCCCGGCAGGGGGGUUUGAUUCUGGUCAUGUUCAUUGGGAUGACGAAGAUUCGCACAAUAAGAACUCGCAUGGAGGAAUAUUACCAACGGGUUCGUUUGGAAGAGACACCGAAAUAUAUUACUGCUGCAGGAACGAUGGUCCAUACAACACUGAAAUUCAGCUCCCAACGGCUCACUCAUUUUAUCUGCUGAGAUAUACCUCCCCUUGUCAGAUGGUAAAAGGAAUGUACGUCAGAGAAGAGUCCGUAUAUUUUGAUGACGAGGACCACAACAAUGAAAACUAUGCUACUGGGAAACACCCACUGGGGACUGGAAAUGUAAGGAACCAGCGCCUGAUGUACUGCUACUAUUCCCCGCUGCAUACUGAGUAAAUAAAAUG